GCGAGUGGGGAGUGCCCCGCUCUCGAGCGCCUGGUCUCCCAGCAGCUGGCAGGCCCGACGACCAGCACGGCGCGCUACGAGUUCAACUUCGUGCUGCACGCCGGCUUCGUCGUAUUGGCCUUCGUGGUGCUGGUGCGCUACGAUGAUGACCUCUGGCACGUUCGCAUCCUGCUCGCGAGAGUUGAGGACACAAGGUGGAUCAUAUAUACACCCGACAGUGACCUGUAUGAGGAGGACUACGGCCCCAACAACGGCGAUAUCACAGGUGUGCGGGCCUUCAAGGCGGACGGCAGCAUCCCAGCGAGCCUGCAGGGUGCCAACAUCUACAACUUCAGAGCUGGUGCUGAACCUGAUCAGGCCGCGCUGCGCGGGCUGAUGGAGGAGGCGCAGGAUCUGGUGGCGCUGGCAGGCCGCGGAGUGGCUCCGCCGGGAGCCGAACCUGAGGUCUGGCUGUUCGCGGAGUCGAACGCAGUCUUCUCGGUCGGUGACGAGUGCCCAGGGCAGCUGGAGGUGUUCGUCGAGAAGCGCGGCAUCGCUCGUGCUGGGCUGGACGUGCUCUUGGUAGAGAAGGUGGCAAUGAACCAGGUCGAGCAAUGGAAGGCGGACCACGCCGCCUCCAGCGACGCGCGGGUGCUGCCAGUUCGGUACUCCCCUUCUGGCGAGCGGCUGCGCAGCUGGGCGAACGUGGCGGAGAGUGUGAAUGAGAGUGCGAUCGACCAUUGGCCCGUCAAGGGGCCAAGGACAGCGCAGUGGGUGGCCCGUUUCAUGGCUCGUCGCAACACCGGGCCCGAGGACCACCACCGCUGGUGGAGAUCGACCACGCGCCUGAACGCCUCAGAUUGGGGCGUAGCCGAGCAUGGCCAGCUGUGCUGGUACCUGGAGGCGGCGGGGAGUGUGGAUCAGCUCGACCUGUCGAACUUGGUGGUGAUGGAGAAGAUCGCACGCCGUCUCCAGACCAUAGAGUACCAGUACGCAGAGAAGGUUCGAGAGGGAGAGCGCGGCGGAACCGCCGGCGCUUCUUCCUCCGUCGCUGGAUCAGCAGUUAUCACGCACGACGAGAUGGACUUGUUCGAGGGGCGGCAGCACGUCAAUCCCACGGUGUGCUGUGCCCCGACGCUCAUCGAGCACGUGAGUAAGGAGUUAGAGAAGGAGUCGCAGAUCCAGAAGCAA